ACUCAGAAGGCCUUUGAAAUAUCGUGUGCAGGCUGGCAACAGUAACGGUUUGUAAUUCUCCCAGGGGAGGGGGACAUGGGCAACCCUGCACCCUUCUGCCCAUCAGAGCUGUUCAUCCUUCGUAACAACCUGUUCCAGGUUGAGAAUGAGAAGGAAUUUAUCUCCAAGACUCUCAAACACGGCACACCAGUUUUGCUGUCUCUGACUAGAUCGGGGGUCGGCAACCCGCGGCUCCGGAGCCACAUGUGGCUCUUUUACGUCUGUGCUGUGGCUCCCUGUUGCUUUGGGAAAUAAUUGGUUGACAGCUGGCUGACGUUAUUUUUGGUUUGCUGCUGGCGGCAAAUUUAAGUUUGGCGUUUUUCAUAAAUACAAGAAGGACUCAAAUAGACGUUGAGUAUUUUACUUAAAAGUAACCUUCAACCCAACGUCUUUUUUUCGGAGUUCAAAAUGUUUUUGUUGCAUGCAGAAAUGUAAUUUCGUUUUCUCUGCAGGAGUUCAUCAAUUUCAUAAAUGCAACACAUUAUAGUUUGUUUAUACAUAGCAUAAAGGCAAAACAAAACGUUGUAUGCAGUGUUAUUUCAUUUUAAAUGUCAAACGGGUUUUGCGGCUCCCAGUGUUUUCUUUUCUAUGGGAAACGGGUCCAAGUGGCUCUUUCAGUGGUAAAAGUUGCUGACCCCUGGACUAGAUACUUAAGAAGUGGAGCAAGAGAUUCAAUAGACCAUCUGUCCUUCACAGACUGUGGGGAGGGAUUCACUCGGUCCUUUGGCCAACUAGCAUGUCUGUCAUUUUACGCAGGGGAAAGGCUGUUCACCUGCUCAGACAGUGGGAAUGGAUUGACUCGGUUAUCUCGAUUGAAGGUACAUCAGCAAGUUCACACUGGGUAAGGCCAUUCACCUGUUCCGUGUGUGGGAAGGGAUUCAGUCAGUCUUCCCACCUGUGCACACACCAGUCAGUUCAUAACACAGCAGGCAGAGGCUGGUCAUCUGCUGAACUUCUGGGAAAGGAUCCACUCAGUCAUCUGACCUAAUGGCUCAUCAGCGAGUUCACACUGGGGAUAAGCCGUUCACCUGCUCAGAUUGUGGGAAGAGAUUCAUUCAUUCAUCCAGCCUACAGAGACAUCAGCGAGUUCACACUGGGGAGAAGCCGUUCAUCUGCUCAGAAUGUGGGAAGGGAUUCACUGAUUCAUCCAGCCUACAGAGACAUCAGCGAGUUCACACUGGGGAGAAGCCGUUCACCUGCUCAGAAUGUGGGAAGGGAUUCACUCAGUCAUCCACCCUACAGAAUCACCAGCGAGUUCACACUGGGGAGAAGCCAUUCACCUGCACAAUCUGUGGGAAGAGAUUCACCCAGUCAUCCACCCUACUGAGUCACCAGCGUGUUCACACUGGAGAGAGGCCAUUCACCUGCUCAGACUGUGGGAAGAGAUUCACUCAUUCAUCCACCCUACUGAGUCACCAGCGAGUUCACACUGGGGAGAGGCCGUUCACCUGCUCAGAAUGUGGGAAGGGAUUCAUUGAUUCAUCCAGCCUACAGAGACAUCAGCGAGUUCACACUGGGGAGAGGCCAUUCACCUGCUCAGAAUGUGGGAAGGGAUUCACUCAGUUAUCCAACCUACUGAGUCAUCAGCGAGUUCACACUGGAGAGAGGCCAUUCGCCUGCUCAGACUGUGGGAAGAGAUUCACUCAUUCAUCCACCGUACUGAGUCAUCAGCGAGUUCACACUGGGGAGAGGCCAUUCAGCUGCUCAGUCUGUGGGAAGAGAUUCACUCGGUCAUCCGACCUACAGAGUCACCAACGAGUUCACAUUAGGGAGAAGCCGUUCACUUGUUCAUUCUGUGGGAAGGGAUUCACUAAGUCAUCCACACUACAGAGUCACCAGCGAGUUCACACUGGAGAGAGGCCGUUCACCUGCUCAGUCUGUGGGAAAAGAUUCACUCAGUCAUCCAACCUACAGACUCAUCAGCGAGUUCACACUGGGGAGAAGCCGUUUACCUGCUCAGAAUGCGGGAAGAGAUUCACUCGCUCUUCCACCCUACAGAGACAUCAGCAAGUUCACACCGGGGAGAAGCCAUUCACCUGCUCAGACUGUGGGAAGGGAUUCACUUGCUCAUCUAACCUGAAGGAACAUCAGAGAGUUCACACUGGAGAGAGGCCGUUCACCUGCUCAGACUGUGGGAAGGGAUUCAGUUCUUCGUCCCAUCUGAAGGUACAUCAGCGAGUUCACACUGGAGAGAGGCCGUUCACCUGCUCAGACUGUGGGAAGGGAUUCACUUCUUUGUCCCAACUGAAGGUACAUCAGCGAGUUCACACCGGGGAGAGGCCAUUCUCCUGCUCAGACUGUGGGAAGGGAUUCACUUGCUCAUCUAAACUAAAGGAACAUCAGAGAGUUCACACUGGAGAGAGGCCGUUCACCUGCCUAGACUGUGGGAAGGGAUUCACUUGCUCAUCUGAAGUGAAGGGACAUCAGCGAGCUCAUACUGGAGAGAGGCCAUUCACAUGCUCAGACUGUGGGAAGGGAUUCACUCGACCAUCCCACCUACAGCUGCACAGGUCUGUUCACACUGGGGAGCGGCCGUUCACCUGCUCAGACUGUGGGAAGGGAUUCACUUGCUCAUCUAAACUGAAGGAACACCAGCGAGUUCACACUGGGGAGAGGCCAUUCACCUGCUCAGACUGUGGGAAGGGAUUCACUUCUUCGUCCCAACUGAAGAUACAUCAGCGUGUUCACACUGGACAGAGGCCAUUCACCUGCUCAGUGUGUGGGAAGGGAUUCACUAAAUCAUCUCACCUACUUAGCCACCAGUCAGUUCACACUGGUGAGUGGCCGUUCGCCUGCUCAGACUGUGGGAAGGGAUUCACUCAGUCAUCUAAACUGAAGGAACAUCAGAGAGUUCACACUGGGGAGUGGCCGUUCACCUGCUCAGAAUGUGGGAAGGGAUUCAUUAGAUCAUCUCACCUACAGUUGCACAGGUCUGUUCACACCGGGGCGAGGCCGUUCACCUGCUCAGACUGUGGGAAGGGAUUCACUUGCUCAUCUAAACUGAAGAUACAUCAGCGAGUUCACACUGGGGAGAGGCCAUUCACCUGCUCAGUGUGUGGGAAGGGGUUCACUCAGUCAUCUGAACUGAAGGUACAUCGGCGAGUUCACACUGGGGAGAGGCCAUGCACCUGCUCAGACUGUGGGAAGGGAUUCACUAAAUCAUCUCACGUACUGAGAAACCAGUCAGUUCAUACUGGCGAGCGGCCGUUCACCUGCUCAGACUGUGGGAGGGGAUUCACUUGUUCAUCUCAACUGAAGGUACAUCAGCAAGUUCACACUGAGGAGAGGACAUUCACCUGCUCAGUGUCUGGGAAGGGAUUCACUCAGUCAUCCCAACUGAAGGUACAUCAGCGAGUUCACACUGGAGAGAGGCCAUUCACUUGCUCAGACUGUGGGAAGGGAUUCACUUGCUCAUCUAAAUUGAAGGAACAUUAGAGAGUUCACACUGGGGAGAAGCCGUUCACCUGCUCGGACUGUGGGAAGGGAUUCACUUCUUCAUCCCAACUGAAGGUACAUCAGCGAGUUCACACUGGGGAGAGGCCGUUCACUUGC